GCACCAUUCGCACUCUCCUAUCAAUUCACCAGCAAAAAUUUCCCAGCGCCGGCCUCGCGGCAGACCGGCCUCCGUAUCACUGCGCAACCGAUGGCUUCCUCCCCGUGGCUGCGCACCGCCGGUGCCGCCCCUGUCCCGCCGCCAGAAGCAGCAGCAGCUGCUGCUACCGCCGCCGCCACCCCCGCCCCGACGUCGGAGCAACACCGGGUUAAGGAGGAAGGAAACGCUGCCGCCGCGACUGUACCGAAGCAGGAGGAGGCCAAGCUCCACUUGCCGCGGGACAACGACUCAGAAGCAGUAACCCAAGAGCAUGGACAAAAAAUCAAUAGAUAUCAAGCAAUCCUUGCAGCCCGUCUGAAGGCUAAGUUUUUCUCUAAGAAGGCUUUUGACAGAGGGAACAUUUUUGAAUCAGAAACCAUUGUUGGAGGUGAAACAAUUCGGUCAAGCAGGUGGCCAUGUACAAGAUCAUUUGCAAACCCAGAAUUUUUUUCCCGCGACAAGAACAGCCAUGAGAAGGGAAAUUCUCCAUCUUCAGCAGCAGAUUUCUCUGCCAAGAACAACUCUCCACCCUUGGCUGGUGAAGCCUCACCAAAGAAUAAUGCUAGUGCUUUGGUCACAGAAAACAAUUUAACAACUGGAAAUAGACAGCAAUCCAAGAAGAAUUGACCUGAUGGAUUAAUGUAGGAUAAUCAGGUUAUGUUCUGUUCUUCUGUAGCCUGAGGGUAGCAACCUGAAGUAUACACUUAGCAGGAAAGGCAAAUUGACGCCAAAAAUGUUUGUAACCUGCUCUAAAUUCAGUUUGUUGUACCUGUUCUAGAAAGCAUCUGUAGCGAGGAAUACCGUUGUUUACUUGGUAUUUAAAUUGAUGUAUUAUAGACUCCCUAUUGAACCAUUGAUUGCUCAAAUCUGAACCCCAAAUUUUCUUUAUUACUUUGAAUUUCAUCAUGCAAUUUAGUUUCUUUUUAUGUCGCGGUGAUACACUUGCGGACGAGAAUAUGAAGCUAACAUUUUUCACUUGGCAAUUUAUAACUCCCGAGAGCAUGCCGAUAGUCUGCUAUUGACACUUGACGAUCCUGGGACAAAACUCGAAGUAUUCAAGGUUCAGAGUCGACAGCAUCAUAGCAGGUACCACAUUCUCAUAUAAAUGCAUUUAAAAAGUAUAUAUACUUGCAAAUGGACUUACAAUACUAUCAAGAGCUGAAUGUUUGGAAAUGCUUUUGCAGUAAUUUAUGGGAGGGUAAAAUGUUCUUAUUUACAGAAUCAUAUCACUGAACUGUAGUUUCUAUCUGAGUGUUGGAUCUCUGUAGUACUUUCCGGUUCUUGUCCCGUUGUAUGGAAAGCUGCAUCACCAAGCCUACAUAGUUUUUUUUUUAUUUUUGUCAGCAGCCUGCCCGCCUGUGCAAGUAUGUAUCAACUAUCAAUACUCUUGCUUUCUAAAUACUCUGCUUGGCCCUUGUGACGUGA